GGCUUUAUUUCAUUAUUUUCUUUCCUUUUGCCCUGUGCUGUCAUUAGAAAUUUAAACUAAACGCAAAACCGAGCCCUCCUGUCUGGUGAACGGUAGACUGGCUCAAAAAGAGGAAAAUACCUUUUUUAUUCUUUCUUUCACGUCCUUGUGCACUGAAAGAAAGAUCACGUUGGUGACAGUAUUUACUUUGGAUACGGUGAUCGCCUUUUUUUUCUUUUUUUUUUUUUUUCUCUGAAUCAGACACGUCGUGGCUGAGCCUACCUUCUGCUUUCCCCUCUCGGAGCGUCCCUGUUGCACUCGUCUGGCUUCCGUUCUUUUCUCUGUCAGGAUUUUCAUUCUGGUGCUUUUUGGAUAUCAAAGUUGCCUGGAAAACUUUUUAUUAUUAAUAUAACAGGAAGGCUGAUACCAUUCUUAGCAGCUACAAAAAAUAAUAGUAAUCAUAUACGUAGAAAGCUCUCUCGAAGUACCUUUUGUUUGCUAUAAGUUCUUGCGUCGCCUGCAUAAGCAAAUCUGUUCCAAGAAGACUUUAUCAGCCGGUCGCAGCUCUGGGAUUUUCGUUUUCCUGUUAAGAGGCUCGGACAGGCAGGCGUGCUUCGGAGGGCGAGGAGACGCGGAGACUCCUCCGAGCACGCGUGCGAGCGGUCGGGAGCGCGCAGCACCGCGGUCACUCUGGAGUUCAUGGUGGGCUCUGCUCCCCGCGCUUCGCCUCUGCUUGCGGCCGUGUGGACAAAAUGUACGAACGCCACAAGAGGCGGUACAGCCUGUGCGACAUUUCCAAGGUGGACAGGACUGUAGAUGUGGUGUUGUUAAAGAUAAACCGUGAAAGCUGGUGCUCGCUGGAGCCAUGUCCCGACUCUUCGCUGCUGGAGCGCAAGCGGACAAGGGAGUCUCCAGAAUGUGAGAACUUCUUGGAGGAUGGGCUGAGCAGCGUCUGUGCCUCAUCACAGGGUGUCCUUAAAAGAGAGUCCGGGAGCGAGUCUGACCUCUUCCCCUUGCCUGGUGAUGGGAUGGAAGACCUUGUCUUUGGAAAGCCUGAGGAGGAGCAGUCCGCUUGCGAUAUCACCAGCUCCAGUUCCUCCGCGGAUGACACCAUGUCCUUGGAAAGGAACUCGUCCCUGGGCAGUGACACGUCCCUUCCCUUCCCGCCUGCAGUGAGCUUCGUGCAGCCCAAGGACAGGCGCAGCCUGGAUGGGAGCUGCACGAGCAUGGUAACCCCAGAGGGAGGAGAGGGCGAGCCCGCUGGCUUGGGAGAGAAGGACGAGGAACUGGACAGCAUCACAGAUGUGCCCACUCCUUCCUCCGUCCUGAGAAACUCCAUGCGGCCGCUGUCACCUUUCCGUCGCCACAGCUGGGGGCCGGGGAAGAACGCCACCAAUGAGGCAGAAAUCAAUCAGAGGAGUUACAGCCUAGAAGGUCUUGCUGGAGAUGCUGGUGAGAUCAAGAAGCCCUCUGCAAACUUGGAGGCAGCUUCUCUGAGCUCCAAAGACCUCAGACGGAGUCCACUUGCCAGCAACCAGUGUGGGUCUCUGGUCUUGCUCACCGAAGAACUUGAGCAAGGGGAAAUUGGAGACUAUGAUCGCCAGAUUCAUCCAACCUCACAGCCGCAAGGAUUUAAUUUCUGUACUUCAUCUGUUUCAUCACCACUGACCAAAUCUGUGUCUCUAAUGUCAAUUAGUAAACCAGCGCUGGACAAAUGUCUGCUGUUAACCCACUUCUCAGCCCAGGGCCGGACUCGACCAUCGAGACGAAUCUCCUUCUCCUUCAGCAUCUCUCCACUCAUUCCUAAGUCUAAAACUCUCUUUUCUAUUGGCUCUUCUUCCAGUGAUGAGGAGGAGGAGUUGGAUAGUGCUCCGGCGUUCGGCGGCCCCGCAGGUUCCUUGGUGCAGAGCAUAUCUGAAGAGAGCAGCAGUGUCCCCUCUGGUAAAAGUGCAACAAAAGUCAGUCGUACCUUCAGCUACCUCAAGAAUAAAAUGUCCAGCAGCAAGAAAAGCAAAGAAAAAGAGAAAGAUAAAGAGAAGACUAAAGAGAAGGACAAAGAUUCCAAGGAGAAGGAAAAAGAUAAGAAGCUGUUAAAUGGACAUCUCUUCACUGCAACCUCUGUUGUAGCCCAAGCAACCUGUUACCACUGUAUGAAACCUUUCAAUAAGGAUUCGUACUACUGUGCAAACUGCAAUGCAAUUGUUCACAAAGGCUGUAAGGAAAGUUUUGCUUCUUGUGCAAAGGUGAAAAUGAAGCCACAAAAAGGAAUGUUGCAGGCACAUGAUACCUCUUCAUUACCCACAGUAACCAUGAGAAACAAAAGUUCACAACCUAAGGAGCGCCCUCGUUCAGCAAUACUUGCUCCUGACGAAAACACCGUCACCUCAAUAUUCAAUAACAGGAGAUCACAACAGACUACAGCGCUUUCAAAAAGUGUCUCAAUACAGAACAUUGCAGGAGUUGGGAAUGACGACAGCUUAAUACACACUUGGAAAUUUCUGUCCCAGUCAACAGACUCUUUACAUAAAAUCAGUCGGGUGAAUGAAUCCAUGGAGUCACUAGUUGAUGAAGGUGCAGACAUGAAUGAAGGACAGCUGAUGGGAGACCUGGAACUAGAUUCCAAGCUGCUGGAGGCAGAGUCCUGGAGCCAAGUAGUGGACAGCAAGUUCCUACAGCAGCAAAACAAAGAUGUUGUCAAACGGCAAGAUGUCAUUUAUGAGCUAAUGCAGACAGAAAUGCAUCAUGUUCGCACCCUGAAGAUUAUGAACGAUGUAUACAGUGCAGGGAUGUUAAAAGAACUGCAGUAUGAUCAGCAAAUUGUGGACAAGAUCUUUCCCUGUCUGGAAAACUUGCUGCAUAUCCACAGUCACUUCUUCCAGCGGAUUCUGGAAAGGAAGAAGGAGUCACUGGCAGACAAAAGUGAAAAGAACUUUGUUAUCAAGAGGAUAGGUGACAUCCUGGUGAAUCAAUUCUCUGGUGAGAACGCCGAGCGAAUGAAGAAAACAUACGGCAAAUUCUGCGGGCAUCACAAUGAGGCAGUAAAUAAUUUCAAAGAUCUGUACUCAAAGGACAAGAGGUUUCAGGCAUUUGUCAAGAAAAAAAUGAGCAGCUCCCUGGUGAGACGUCUUGGGAUUUCUGAAUGUAUCUUGCUGGUAACACAGAGAAUUACAAAGUACCCAGUCCUGUUACAAAGGAUACUGCAGUACACCAAAGAAAAUGAAGUGGAACAUGAAGACUUGACUCAGUCAUUAAACCUUGUUAAAGAUGUGAUUGCUGCAGUCAAUAGCAAAGUCAGCAACUAUGAAAAGAAAACACGUCUUGAUGAGAUUUACAACCGGACAGAUAGCAAGUCCAUCAUGAGGAUGAAGAGCGGUCAGAUGUUUGCAAGAGAGGACUUGCGACAUCGGAAGCUCAUCCGAGAUGGGCCUGUUUCACUGAAAAAUGCAGCUGGACGGUUAAAAGAAGUCCAGGCUGUUCUCCUCUCUGACAUGCUCAUAUUCCUGCAGGAGAAGGACCAGAAAUAUGUCUUUGCCUCACUGGACCAGAAAUCCACUGUGAUCUCUCUGAAGAAGCUGAUCGUACGAGAAGUGGCUCAUGAAGAGAAGGGUUUGUUCCUGAUCAGUAUGGGUGUAAAAGAUCCCGAAAUGGUAGAAGUGCAUGCCAGCUCCAAAGAAGAGCGUAACGGGUGGAUCGAGAUCAUUCAAGACACGAUAAACACCAUGGAUAAGGAUGAAGAUGAAGGAGUGCCUUGUGAGUCUGAGUUUGAAAAGAAAGUGUCAGACACGAGAGUCAGAGCACUGAAAGAACAACUUCAUCAGAAGGAUAAGCAGAUCCUCGUCUUGCUGGAGGAAAAGACCAAGAUCUUCAGGGACAUGGCAGACACCUCUGCUCAAGAGGACAUGCCAGGCUCCAGACUGCUCUUCAGAGCCAACACUGAAGAGGCACCAAAAGGCGAGGCCAUUAUGAAAACUGCAAUAAAUGAAGUUGAACUGCUGCAAGACCUGGUAAACAGGAGCUUGGGCUGUGCCCUCGGGCAACAGGCUAGCACCACCAUUGACCAAGAAGGAGGAGUUGGCCCCAUCUCUCUUCCUAGAAGGGCAGAAACUUUUGGAGGAUUUGACAGUCAUCAGAUGAACGCCUCCAAGUGUGGAGUGAAGGAUGAAGGUGACGAUGCUCAGGACCUUCGGAGAACGGAGUCGGACAGCAUUUUAAAGAAGGGUGGAAAUGCUAAUCUGAUGUUCAUGCUGAAAAGGAAUAACGAGCAGGUUCUCCAAAGCAUUACCAGCCUCCAUAAGCUGCUCAGUGCUUUGCAGGGUGUCGUCCUGCAGCAAGACACCUACAUCGAGGACCAGAAGCUGGCCCUGAGCGAGAGGGCCCUAACCCGAAGCUUCUUCCGCCCGACCUCGCUGCUGGAACAGGAGAAGCAGCGCAACCUGGAGAAGCAGCGCCAGGAGCUCGCCAACCUGAAGAAGCAGCAGGCGCAGCACCAGGAGGAGAGGCGGAGGAGAGAGAAGGAGUGGGAAGCACGGGAGAACCAGCUGACGGAGCAGGAGGCCCAGCUGGCCCAGCGGGAGGAGCAGGUCCAGAGAGGGCGGCAGGACCUCGAGCGGGAGCGGGAGGAGCUGCAGGUGAAGAAAGCCUCCUACCAGCUCGACCUGGAGAGGCUUCGUACGGCUCAGAAGCAGCUGGAGAGGGAGAAGGCUCAGUUCAAGAGAGACAUGGAGCGAUUACCUCAAAUGUGGUUGGAGACAGACCACAACCAGGUGUCAAAUACACAUGAGAAACUUGCAAGAGUCUCCUCCCAGUCCAGCAUUGAAGACUUCUCCAAGCAAAAGAGCCCUUCCCUUCCUAAACAAGGGCACUCUGAUGCAGAACUGUCUGUCUCCCCCAAAAGGAACAGUCUUUCAAGGACACACAAAGAGAAAAGCACUUUCCAUUUGCUUAGCACAACAAACCAGACUAACAAGGCAGCUGAGGAACAGCCCCAGAUGCCUACCCGGCUCUUCAGUUUAUCCAAACCAAAGGAGAAAAAGGAAAAGAAGAAAAAGGGCAGAGGACAUCGCUCCCAGCAAUCUGAUUCUCACUCAUCAGAAGCACCUCCGGAGGGCGAGGAGAUCUUCUGCUGAGCGUGGCUGGCACCACUGGUCACUCUCAGCUUUGGUACAGUGGACAUCUCCCUGCCUACUCCACAGCACGCUGCUCGUGCCUGCAUCUGACAAGCAUCUGGAGGUUUUGAAUAAAACAGGUUAUGAAAGUUUAUAUGUGGUAGGAAAGGGCCUCUCUCCUCGGUUUUGCAUGAACUCACGUUGCAGAGGCUGACCGCAUGGCAAGUGGUACCAUCUCCUUGUGCAAACCUCGCUUCCAAUGGAUUGGCCUGGAUGGUUUCUGUCUGUUCACACUGCUGAAGGAUGGGAGAACAUAGCCUUAAGGGGUCUGUGCCUUCAAAUUCCCCUUUUCUGGGGAAAGUAACCAAAACCAAGCAUUUAGCAAAAGAUUGGGACUUCACAAAUGGUGCGUACACACUGGCAUAUAUAGAGAUACUGUACAUACCCAUCUCUCUAUCUGUGUAUCCACUGGGAUGUGCUCACAGUCUGUUCAGCCAAGCUUAGCUCGGCCCGUGGGGAUGGAUGAUGACUUUCAGGGAGCGUGCAGAUAUUAAAUAUCUCGCCCUUACUGCUCCAACUGUAACACCAUGGGCUCGCACGCCCCUCUUGUGCUCAUGGAAUGGGCUGUUGGGUUUCAGAAAGGUACCGCACACCAGGGAGCAGUUACAGUGUGCAAAAUGAAAAUUCAAGGAACAAAUAAAAUUGGAGGUUUUUCCAAGAGCUUUCUGUGGGGCAGAGGAGUUAAAUGUCACACUGUUUCCAGAAUCAAGUAGAAAAUCUUUUGGUGUAUUUAAAACAAUGCAGAAAAGAGAAAUUUGGGAGGCUUGUAAGGCAACCCCGGGAAGCCAGAGCAGAUGGUGGUCAAAUGGGAACAACUGUAAGCAACUUUUUUUAAGCAGUCUCUUUGAGCUACGGCUCACUGCUUCCCAUCUCCUACGUAAAGAUUUAUUUGUUUUGCUGGGAUAUAUUUCUCCAGUUGUAUUUCACAUCCCUUCAUUACAAGCCUGAUGACUUACUGGAGAGAUGGCUGGAAGUCUGCUUUUAGGGACCUUUGUUCUGUUAUUUGUAUUUUUCUUCCCCUGCUCUUUACAUUACCACGAGGCUUAUGUUUCUCUGGAUUUUGUCAGCUUCUCCAGCUUGUUUCUAAGGCAGAACGACAACAGUUUCGGAGCACUUCAGUGAGAUGUCACAGGUCAGGGGGCUGAGUGCUGUGAGCAGAGUGAACUCUGAAGAGGCAGCUCUUAGUUCCUCUGCCUGUACGAUACCAUGCACUUACUAACUAUUUCUGGGGAGAAAAAUAUAUUCUGGUGAACAAAAAUAUUGUGUGAUGGGUCCAAAGGCCCAGUGUGCCUUUGCCAGGUCCGUUUCUGUUGCUGUGUGGUCUGUGGUGGACGAGUCCAUGUCUGUGUCACCAUCAGCAGAAGGGGAAGGUUCAGGGAUGGCUCUCGAUGUGCCGACAGAGAUGUUUAUACAGCUGGGGAGUACAGUGAUGUAUCCAGCAGGGGAAGAGAAAUGCAGCAAGCCAAUUUUUUUUCCCAAAAUAUUGUUCUUCCAGACCCUCUCAGGGGAAUUGGCCUGGUGGAUUUGUAAAUGGUUAUUAGACUCUAUCAGCUUCAAAAUAAUCCAAGGGUUUGCUCAGAGUUCGAAGCUGUCAAGUGCAUUUCCUUUCCUACUAGUUUUUCUUUAAAGAAAAAUAAUAAUUCUUUAGUUGCACUAUUGUUUGAUUUCAAUUUGCUCUUUAGCUUCUCACAAGCUAGUAACACGCAGCAAUUUUCAGAGUUCAGUGCUAAUGAGUAUCAGCAGUGUUGAUGGUGAGGUGGAUGCUUAGACUGGUCUGUCUUGGUCAGUGCAGGAAUCCUAAGCCACCUGCUUGCUUUUGAAGCUCUCUAAACUAUUAAGAUGAAAAAAAAAAGGAAAGAAAAAAAAAAGGAAGAAAGGAAAAAGGGUUGAGAUUUAUUGAUUUAUUUUUAUUUUGCUUUUUUAAUGUUAUUUGGUGCUUGUUCUUACUUGCAAGCAGGGCUUGCAAAAAUAUUUAUCUUUCUGUUUAUUUGAAAGAGUUCUUUUUUUAAAAGAAGUUUACUUGGUUUUAUUUUUUAUUUUUUUUAAUUUUGCUUUUGUUUGGGGAGGGUGGUUUGUUUGUUUUUUUUCUUCUUCCCUUUUUUGUUUUGUUUGGUUGGUGGGUUGUUUUUUUUGUUCUGUUUUAUUAUUAUUUUCUUACCAAGAGAUUGGUAAACCCAAUAUCUCCCUGGUUCCUAUAAAAACAGGGUUUGGGCAGUGCUGCUUAGCAGCCUAUGCCACGUCCAGAGUUACACAAUUUCAACUGAGAGCUUUCUUUAAGGCAGAACGUCUUUGGGCCAGAAAAGUCUGGAAAGAGAAGCGGUGACUUCAGACAGGACUCCUCCUAUCAGUUAGUUUCCUUGUCUAAAUAUUUUCCUUAGGUUUGCUUCUUGGAGGCAAAGGGAGAGCAAAGCACAGCCUCCUGCAGUGAUGCGAGGCUCCGGUCAAUGUCCGGGCAGAUCCCGGCAGCUCUUCUCGACCAGGAAGGAGACACGUGCUGGUGUUGCGGUGGUUUCUUCUCAACAAGAAGAGCACCCGUGUAACCAGAUGACUUCUGUCCCGCUAUUCGUAUGUCUGUGCAAAUGCAUGUGCCAAGCUGAAAUUUUUGGAAACCAAACCAGUGCAUGGCUCAUCCUCUGUUGUAUAAACAGAGAUCAGGUCCCUGGUAUUUCCGAACGUUCCCCAGAGUCUGUUACAGCCUUUGCCACUAUGAGCUUUUCUUUUCUUCCCACUGUCCUUUCCCCAGCACAUCCUGAAGUCGCAGUGCAGGGCAACAUCCCUUGGCUCUGAGAAGAGCAUGAACAGGGACACGCAGGGCCAAGUCUCUGCCUGCUCUGACCAUCUCUUCUGGCCUGUGCAAACCAAAACAAGCAUCCAGUGCCCUGAGUGAAAAUAAUAUUUGCUAUGUGAUCUCCUAAGGUCCCCAUGGUUCCUUGUCUUAGAAACCACAGGCUUGAAUCAGGACAUACUGAUGGGAAAUAUUGCAUAUCAAAGCUGUUUGUGUCUUAAAUUCUGGUGGGCAGGACUUUGUCCCUCGAGGAUGUACAUCGCUGUAUGAUUCACUGGUUUUGGAAUGAAGCCUUUACUCCCACACUGCUUCCUCCUUCUUUCACCUUUAGGAAGGUGAGGGCUUGUUUUUAUCUCCUUAGCCUUUUCUUUCUUCCCUCUCAGGUUUUCUUUGGAAAGGCUUGGCAUCGGUUUCCCAAGUCAGAUUCCCACUCUGAUCCCUGCAGGUUGCCUAAGGUUGUCUGCUAGACCGUGGUCCCAGUUUUGCAACACCAAAGCCUUUCCUUUUCCUGGCCUUACAACUGCAUUUGCUUCGGUUCCACACUUUGCAUCCAUCCUACAGUUGUUGAAAGCAUAUCAUUUCCUCAGCCCGGCCUCACGCCGUGUCUCGUUCCCAGAGCUGGUCCCUCGAUCCCACUCAGAGAACCCAAACCCUGUAAUUCCUUCAUGGGUUUCCCGGGACAAGAACAGGUUCCAGAACGUCUCAGAUGAAGUACCAAGUGGUCAGUAUGAGCUGGGAGUGCCAGCGGACCCCGGAGGUUAGGGAGCAGCCGUAGCAAAGGGUGUGAGCCUCGGUGGAGUUGCGUGGGGUUGGCCUUAGCUUCCUUUAAGCGACGUGAUCAUCUCAGCAUGUAACUCUUAUGUCAGUGUGAUGCCUUAAAGCACUUUAAAUGGAACUGGUCAAGUCACGUUUCAUUUUGGUUACGUGGAGACAAUCAGCUGUGUAAUUGCCCCCACUCCGCAUCCCCAGAGAAGUCCAAGCUGCAGGUAGGCAAGUUCCUGGGGCUGGCUUGGCGUUACCCCGGGAGGGGAGGGAGGGGCGAGCAUUUUGUAUUAGUUUUAGACCAAAGUGGGCAUGAAUACAACUCCAGUCCCACUGCAGGCAGGAUGAGCCCUUUCCCCAUGGGGAGAACCCAGCAGUCAUUUACUCACAAAGCCCUCCAGACCUUCCCACCUCCCACCAGGGCACUUAGGAGAGCAGGCAGGGGCAGGACCAGAGCAACUGGCUUCUGGUGGCCCAGUGUAGCCCCCUGGGAGAGCCCACGCCACCACCAGCACCUUCCUUCUCUUCACCCCUGGAGUUUGACCACUGCUGAGAAGCACAGCGAUGCCAUUAGCUGGAGCGGAUUCCUACUGCCUUUCAAAGGCGAGAGCACCUGUAGAGUCCAAUCAUCCUUGCGCCUUCCUUGCUGCAUUAGGGUAUCUCAAAGCUGUUGCUCAAACACCCAAAUCCAGUCCUUCCAAAUCUCACCGGGUCAGAAGAGGUUCGUCAGGUGCCAAAUGCCAAGGAAGUGAUUGAUGUAGGCUGUCUGUAGCACGGACCAAGGGAGGACUGGGCAGGGGGCACAGGAGAGAGUAUCUGCUUAAAUCCCACAAAACAUUCCUUGUUAACCAGAACUCUGGAAAUUAUUCUGCCUGCUGGCCAGGUUUGGGAAUUUAACAUAAUUUAAGGCACCCUUUAAAAUAAUAUUAAGAAAGAAAACUUCCCCUACUGCUCCUGACUCUUGCUUCGUUUGUCAGAAGGGGCAGCAAUCAGCCACGAUCCAUUCUUGAUCUGUUGACGCAGCUAAGUUUUAAAGGUAGGCAAGCUGAACUGGCCAAAUCUCAUACACCUCUUGCUCUCGAGUCAUGGGAAGCAUAACGCUGGCUCCCUUCCCACCUGCAUUUUGAGGGCUCGGUGCCCUUUUCUUUCCACGUGCAUUUCACUGACACUGAUGCUUUGCCCAAAUAUAUUCUGCUUCCAUCGCUUGGGGGGAGGGGGGGACAGGAUGACAUCCAGUGCUUUGCAUACAGCUAUGAGCUUUGUAUGUAUUUAAGCUGUCUAUAGGUAUCGAUCAUUUCCAUGCUCUAAAGUAUUUUACUAUUUUCUUUAUUGAUAGUAAACACUGACUCAGAAAACUCUUUAUGUCCAGUUCAGUUCGCCUAUGGUUAAAGUUUAGCCUGGUGUUUAUUUUGUACUAAUAUGGAAUGCACUUGAGUAAUUCCCAGUGAGGAGGUGUAUUAUAAUAACCUGAUAUACCUCUGCCUUUGGUUUGUUUCUUAAAAAAAGAAAAACAAAUAAAUAAUGCUUUGCAUUUUCAUGUUGAACCCAUAAAAAAAAGUUGGAAAAAAAAAAGAUUUUUUUAAAAAGAGGGUAAAACCUAAUUGCUGUAUGUUAAUUUGUAAUUAUGUAAAAAGUGAGCAGGUUAUUGACUGUAAAAUUCUUCAGUUUUUCUGUAACUUGCCAGAAACCAUUAGGGUUUGUAACAAGCUUUUAUUUAUCUUCCUUUUUAGUUAUCAGCAUCAACCUCUUGUAAAGUCAUUUUUCCUCUAAAUAAAUUUGAUUUUAAGUCUGA